GGUUUGUUGCGCAUAGCGGCGGAAGUCCAAAGCUGCUGUGUAAUUGUAGAGUUUAGCAGUCCCGAUUGUUCGUGACUAAACAGUUUGUUCACACAUUAAACAUGCCGGACUAUCUGGGAGACGACCAAAGGAAGAUUAAGGAAGAGGAGAAGGAUGACUCUCCUAUUAGAGCUUUGGAUGAAGGGGACAUCGCUCUGCUCAAAACAUAUGGUCAGAGUACCUAUUCCAGACAGAUCAAACAAGUGGAAGAUGACAUUCAGCAGCUGCUCAAGAAGAUAAAUGAGCUGACGGGCAUCAAGGAGUCUGACACAGGCCUGGCUCCACCGGCUCUCUGGGAUCUAGCUGCUGACAAGCAGACACUGCAGAGUGAGCAGCCGCUGCAGGUAGCAAGAUGCACAAAGAUCAUCAAUGCAGACUCUGAGGAUCCCAAAUACAUCAUCAACGUCAAACAGUUUGCCAAGUUUGUGGUGGACCUGAGUGACCAGGUGGCUCCAACUGACAUCGAGGAGGGCAUGAGAGUGGGGGUUGACAGAAACAAGUAUCAGAUCCACAUUCCUCUGCCUCCGAAAAUCGACCCCACUGUCACCAUGAUGCAGGUGGAAGAGAAGCCUGAUGUGACCUACAGUGAUGUUGGUGGAUGCAAGGAGCAGAUUGAGAAGCUAAGAGAGGUGGUCGAAACUCCGCUGCUCCAUCCUGAGAGGUUUGUCAAUCUGGGAAUCGAGCCUCCUAAAGGUGUGCUGCUAUUCGGGCCCCCCGGUACCGGAAAGACCCUGUGUGCCCGGGCUGUGGCCAACAGAACAGACGCCUGCUUCAUCAGAGUCAUCGGCUCCGAGCUCGUGCAGAAAUAUGUGGGAGAGGGAGCCAGGAUGGUGCGUGAGCUCUUUGAGAUGGCCAGGACCAAAAAGGCCUGUCUGAUCUUCUUUGAUGAAAUUGAUGCUAUUGGAGGUGCUCGUUUUGAUGACGGCGCCGGUGGAGACAACGAGGUCCAAAGGACCAUGCUGGAGCUCAUCAAUCAGCUGGAUGGUUUCGACCCUCGAGGCAACAUCAAAGUGCUGAUGGCCACCAACAGGCCGGACACGCUGGACCCGGCCCUGAUGAGGCCCGGACGUCUGGAUAGGAAGAUCGAGUUCAGCCUGCCUGACCUUGAGGGUCGCACCCACAUCUUCAAGAUCCAUGCCCGCUCCAUGAGUGUGGAGAGAGACAUUCGCUUUGAGCUGCUGGCUCGCCUCUGUCCCAACAGCACCGGUGCCGAGAUCCGCAGCGUGUGCACCGAGGCAGGAAUGUUUGCCAUCAGGGCCCGCAGGAAGAUCGCCACAGAGAAAGAUUUCCUGGAAGCCGUUAACAAGGUCAUCAAAUCAUAUGCCAAGUUCAGCGCCACUCCCAGAUACAUGACCUACAACUGAGUGUGUGCUUGUGUCUGAUUUGGCUUUGUCAAAAAAAGAAAGUCAAAAGGAUUUUGUUUUGUUGUUAUUGUUGUUCACUAAAAAAUAAAAGUUAUUCCAGA